AUGAUUUCUCGGCCAUUGUCGCACGCCCUCCGCUCGCGCUGCCUGCUGCGCAAGCCCCAGAGCAUCCAGGGCUUCUCUACUAGCAGCAAACUGCAUGGUGGAGAUCACGGCAGCCACUACGACCCCCCGACCGGCUGGCUGUUCGGCAUCAAGCCUGGCCACAAGUACGCGAAGGAAGGCUGGGAGGGCAUCUGGUACUACGGAUUCAUUGGCAGUCUUUUGGCUGCUGGUGUCGCAUAUGUUUUCAAGCCUGAUACCUCUAUACAAACCUGGGCCUUGGAGGAGGCUCGUCGGCGACUGGAGGCCGAGGGCAUCUUGGAGGACCCCCAGACUGUCAAGAAAUAA